AUGAACACCCUCGACAGCGACAAGCCCAUCCCAUCAAGACCCGCAUCCUCCUCCUCCUCCUCCCCUCCGCCUCCGCUUCUCCCGCCCCGGCCUCGCGGCCCCGAACUCCGCCGCUCGAGCCGCGCUGCCGGAGCGGCCAUCUUUGGCGACAGCGACGACGACGGCGGCGACAUUGUCGAUGUUGACGAUCUCCCGCCCUCGUACGAGGCUUCUACCAUACGCAGACCAAGCGACGCCCACAUCCACAUCACCGUCCGCUCCUCCUCCUCCCACAACCACCACCACCACGCCGCCGACGCCGCCGCAACCAGCGCAUCCUCCCUCCCCUCCCUCAUCGCCGCCCGCUCCGGCCGCACCAGCAUAAACACCCAAGGCUACCUCCUCACAAGCCCCAUGGACCCCCAUCAUCACACGUCAACUACCUCGCUCUGGAGGAAACAUAAGAAUAGAAACCGUUACGACGGCAGAGAUGACGACGGUUCGGGCUGCAUAGCCUCUGAUUCGGGGGGGUGCUGCUUCUCCCGCCGCGGAGGCUGCUUCUUCAGCGAUAGGGGAGGAUGCUGCUUGAGCGAUAGGGAGGGAUGCUGCUGUUCGGAUACGGGCGGGUGUUGCUUUUCGAGCGAUGGGGGCUCGUGCUGCUCUGAUGGCGCCGGGUUGAGCUGCUGUUCGAGGUGUGGGGGAGAGGGCGGUGAUGAUGGUGGUGGUGGUGGCGGUGGUGGUAUUCGUGAGAUGACGAUGGAGCGGAAUGUGAGGUUUGCUUGA